AUGGAAGUGUUACAAGAAUUACCAACUUUUACACAGUUAACCGAAAGAGUAAUCCGCGUUCUCGGGUUAAAUCCUAGUAAAUUUACUUUACAAGGAACCAAUACGUACCUUAUUGGAACUGGGCCAAGAAAAAUUCUACUGGACACUGGAGAGAAACCCGAAUAUACACAACUAUUAUUUGAAUCUCUAAAAAAACUUGGAGAAAAUAUUAUUAUUUCCGAUAUAAUAAUUUCUCACUGGCAUAACGAUCAUGUUGGAGGCGUAGAUAGUAUUUUGCAAUAUGCAAGUGAAAACAACAUGCCUUUGCCCGUAGUGCAUAAAAGGCUCGACCCUAAACACGAUAAAUCACAUCAUAAUUUUCAACAAGUAGUAGACAAUCAAAUUUUCAAAACGGAUGGUGCUUCAAUCAUCGCUAUCUUUACCCCUGGUCAUUCAGAAGAUCAUGUAGCUUUCUAUUUGGAGGAAGAGAAAGCUAUUUUCACUGGUGACACGGUUUUAGGGCAGGGUACAACUGUAUUUGAAGACCUUGGCGAAUACAUCGAUUCGUUACAUAAAUUGAAACGAUUCACUCCUGGUCGCUUAUAUCCUGGACAUGGUCCAGUGAUUGAAAAUGGAACAGAAAAAUUGGAAGAAUAUAUUACUCAUCGUUUGGAACGAGAAAAUCAAAUAAUUAAAGAGUUUAAAACAUCUAAAUCUUCAUUAACGCCAAGACAGAUAGUUGAGAAGAUUUAUGCUAAAUAUCCAGAAUCAUUGUGA